CUGAAGACUGCAAUACAAAGAAUACAGAUGGCUGAAAUGUUAGAGAAAGACAGAGAUUUCUUUGCACACGUCCAGUCCUGACUGAGUCAUUUACAAGUUGGUUUCAGUUUAGCAGACACAAGAAGCAAGUGUUUACUAGAGCGCUGCCAGUGAAACUUCACUCCAUGCUGGCAGCCCAGCCCUAGACAAAAUGUCUUUUUGUGACUACACCACACAAAAGGAUCUUCGCAUAAGAAGCCGCCUGCUUGGCAGUUUAAAAUGGGGCAUCUUUGCAGCAGUUCUGCUUUAUAUGUGUGUUAUACUGCUGACUGAAAAGCGUUAUCAGAAAAAGGAUUCGGUUAUCAGUUCUGUACACACAAAGGUUAAAGGUGUUGCGGAUGCGGAUUCCAGAAUCUGGGACACAGCUGAAUAUACAAUUCCUUCCCCAGGUGGAUCUUCAUUCUUUGUUCUAACAAACAUAAUAAAAACAGAAAAUCAAAAAGAAGGCAAUUGUUCCGAGUUUCCAAGCCCCAAAACAAUAUGUUCUCAAGCUGACAGCUGCAAAAAAGGUUAUGCUGACCCACAGAGUAAUGGCAUUCAAACAGGCAGAUGUAUACAGUAUAACUCCACCGUUAAAACUUGUGAAGUGAGAGCAUGGUGUCCGGUGGAGUCCAAAAGUACUCCAGAGCCGGCCAUUUUGGGAAGUGCUGAAAACUUCACGGUUUUGAUAAAGAACAAUAUUCACUUUGCAGCCUUUAAUUAUACCACGAAAAACAUCCUUCCGGAAUACAAUGUCACCUGCGUUUAUAACAAAGUGACUGCUCCUCAAUGUCCUAUAUUCCGAUUAGGGGACAUCCUAAAAGAAGCAGGACAUCAUUUUUCCCAAGUUGCCAUUCUAGGUGGCAUUAUGGGCAUAGAAAUCAACUGGAACUGUAAUCUCGACCGUUGGCUUCACCGCUGUCGUCCACAAUACAGUUUCCGACGGUUGGAUGAUAAGGUUGUUGAUGAACGCUUAUAUCCUGGCUUGAAUUUCAGAUUUGCCAGGUACUACAAGAUGCAGGACCAAAGCGACCUGAGGACUCUUAUAAAGGCAUAUGGAAUACGAUUUGACAUUCAAGUCUAUGGCACAGGAGGCCAGUUUAGUUGGUUGGAAUUGGUGAUGUUCAUCGGUUCCUAUCUUUCUUACUUUGGAUUGGCAACAGUGGUGAUUGAUUUUAUUAUCAGCCUGUACUGCAAAAGGUGCUGCAGCACUACAUCGGGUCAGAGAUACUUUGAUAAGGAGAAGUAUGAGGAGAUCCCCGGGCCCUGUAUUCUGACGUCAUGCCAAGAACUCAAGUUUGUGUCCUUUGUGGAUCAAGAGGACAUAAUAAUGGUGGAUAAAAAAAUAAAGAAAAGCUUACAAGUGACUAAAGGUAAAAAGGUUAAGAGAGGAAAAAAGACUGAUAACAUAGUCCUUGCUCAGCUUGAACUGUCUGCAAUUGAUGGACUGGAAGAACUUCCUCUAUACCCAAGAAGUGCUAAAAAAUCCUCAGCAAUUCCUUCCUGGUGUCGUUGUUUGAAAUGUCUUCCAGAAAAUGCAUUUGAAGAUCAGCUCUGCUGCCGAUAUCAAAAUGGGGAAUGCAUUACAAACUCGGAAAUGUUUAGGAAGCUGGUCCUGCAGAGACUGGCUCUGGUGCACAUCCUGCAAUACAACAAUCCUCUGAUAAACAGGCAUUCCAUAGGCAAAAAACAGCUAGCAGAGUGCGCUCGAAAUCAGUAUGUCCAAUGGCGCUUUGGGAGCAAUAAGAAUAUGAUGGACUUUGCAAAGAUACCAAGCUGUUGUAAACAUGAAAUAGAAAACACGUUCAAUGGUGAUGCAUCUGAAACCUCCUUGCAACAUGCAGAUAAAGACACAAAAAUGCAGUCCGCCUCUGAUACCUCCAGGAAACCUCUGCUGAAACAGCAGCCUAUGGCAACACUACCUUAA